CAAGUAUAAAGACACAUAAAGACACAAGAAUUUUCUGCACUUGAUCUGACAGAUACCAGCUGAAACUGAAAAAGCCUUUUGCUCUAAAUAAGAUUGGAAAAAUCUAAACCUGAGAUGGAUUUUUCAUCUGCUAAAUGGUGGGCUGAAAUGGAGACGAUGAGUACGGAUGAUCAUGCAUUCAUCAAUCACUGUCAAAUGAUGACCCAAUUAGACGAAUUGCCUUUCAGUAAGCCCUUCUCAUCCUCUUGCACGUCCUACGAUAUUCAACCUUCUCAUGCUGCUGCUGGAAUAUUGGACGUGAAGUCAUCCUUUUGCGGCUAUGCUACUGAAACUCACCAAAUGACCUCUUUUUCUCCUCCUCCUCUUAAUUCCUCUAGCGUCUUUUCUUCCUGCAAAUUCAACUUGCCAUCAGCCAAUACUACUGUUGCCACAAACCACUUGGAAAAUUUGAACUACACCUCAGUCAAGACUGAGUUGACAUCUGGAACUACCCUAAACUUCUCGUCUUCAGUUUCUACGGAUUGUGAUGAUUUUGGUGAUAGCCAAAAUCUAAUCCAGGCCUUGGGAUUUGGUUCUGCUGAUACUACUACUCACAAGAAGAAUUACAAUAGGACUAGUUUGCAGGCACAAGACCACGUUAUGGAAGAAAGAAAGCGAAGAGAACGCCUCACUCAACGCUUCAUAGCUUUAUCUACCCUCAUCCCUAACCUCAAGAAGUUAGACAAAGCAUCAGUACUUGGAGAUGCGAUCAAACAUAUUAAACAGCUUGAAGAACAAGUAAAAACCCUCGAGGAGAAAGCCAAGAAAUGUAACGAGGAACCAGUGGUUGCAGUGAAGAGACCUCGCCUGGCCUCCAGUACUUCUGACCACUCAUCUUCUGAAGACAACGUCUCCAGCGUUAGCACAGACCGAUCACAACCAGAUAUUAAAGUUAGAGCUUCAAAUGGGAAUAUUCUGAUUAGCAUUAGUUGCAAAAAGCAAACCGGGAUAAUAAAGGAAAUAUACAGCCAAAUAGAGAAGCUCAAUCUCUCUAUUAUUAGCAGCAGUGUCAUCCCUUUUGCCUACAGCACCACCCACAUAACAAUUAUUGCUCAGAUGGGUCAUGAAUUGGGCAUGACAGCAAAAAAUGAUGCGAAUAGAAUACGUGCGGCUAUAAUGAAGCUCAUCGGCGGCCAGGAAGAAGAAGCUCCAUUUACAUCAUAGAGAAUUUCGAGAUAUCUAGAAGUAAAUAGCUUUGCAUAUGUUCCCAUCAAUAAAAUAUUAAGUGAUAUAUAUAAUGUUCAAAAGAUAAGGAUAGAGGCUAUUUUUUGGAUCAAGAUCACCUGGAACUGGGGUCAUAAUGACAUGGUUUACGGUUAAUGGUUUCCAUAAUUGUGGAGUGAUGUGCUUUGGCUUUUAUGUGUGUGCUACUAGUUUGGAUCCUUUUUUUCAAUUUCCUCACGAGGUACAAAGGGGACCGGCUCCUCUUGUUUGACUAGUCAUGGAA